AUGACAGCAUCUUACCAGGCUACCAUCCAGGGGUUUAAAUCAAAAGGCUUGUCCAGAGAGGAAGCUGAGCAUCUCUUGAAGAGGAGCGUGGAGAUCGCCUAUGAGGCCAGGGAGAUUUCUGCUGACAAAUCUAGUAAAAGCUCUUGGGAGUUUGUUGAUAGCGGGCAACCCUCCAGGCGCCCUGUUCUGAUUGCAACUUCCUUUGGGAGCUAUGGAGCUUUUCUGGCUGAUGGCUCUGAGUACAGUGGGAACUAUGGGGAAGCAAUUACCCUCCAAGCAUUGAAAGACUUCCACGGGAGAAGGCUACAAAUUUUUGCAAACUCAGGUGCUGACUUGCUUGCCAUGGAGACGAUCCCGAACAAGCUGGAAGCCCAGGCGUAUGCAGAUCUUCUGGAUGAGGAAGCCAUGAUGAACACUCCAACGUGGUUCUCUUUCUCUUUGAAAUACGGAGUCAAUGUGGUGAGUGGAGAUUCCAUUAAAGAGUGUGCUUCCAUUGCAGACUCUUGCAAGCAAGUUGUUGUUGUUGGUACCAACUGCACUCCUCCUAGGUUCAUCCAUGACCUCGUAGUCUCUAUCCGCAAGGUGACCAAGAAGCCGAUAGUUAUAUACCCGAACAACGGCGAGACUUAUGACCCUGAGCAGAAGAAAAUGUGCAGAACUACUCCAAAUACCAUCAUGGGAAUCUGCUGGGUUCUUUCCGAAGACCGAUCAAAGUGA